AUGGUGAGAACAGUUGGAAGGGUUACAGAUCGGCACACGGAAUGCACUGUAGCACUUUGUCCUCUGCACCUACCCUCCGCCUUCCCUCUGCCUCUCCUCUCUCCUCUCUCCUCUCUCCUCUCUCCUCUCUCCUCUCUCCUAUCUCCUCUCUCCUCUCUCCUCUCUCCUCUCUCCUCUAUCCUCGCUCCUCUCUCCUCUCUCCUCUCUCCUCUCUCCUCUCUCCUCUCUCCUCUCUCCUCUCUCCUCUCUCCUCUCUCCUCUCUCCUCUCUCCUCUCUCCUCUCUCCUCUCUCGUCUCUCAUCUCUCAUCUUCUCAUCUCACCCCCUCCGUCCCUUCGCCACUCCGUCCCUCCACCUCUCAUCUUUCAUGUCUCGCCCACCUUGCACAGGGCUGGAAUCUUCUAAUCUCACCCUCUCACCCCCUCCAUCUCUUCGCCACUCCGUCACUCCAUCUCUCAUCUCUCAUCUCUCCACCUCUCAUCUCUCCACCUCUCAUCUCUCCACCUCUCAUCUCUCCACCUCUCAUCUCUCCACCUCUCAUCUCUCCACCUCUCAUCUCUCCACCUCUCAUCUCUCCACCUCUCAUCUCUCCACCUCUCAUCUCUCCACCUCUCAUCUCUCCACCUCUCAAAUCUCCACCUCUCAUCUCUCCACCUCUCAUCUCUCCACCUCUCAUCUCUUCACCUCUCAUCUCUCCACCUCUCAUCUCUCCACCUCUCAUCUCUUCACCUCUCAUCGCUCGCCUCUCAUCGCUCGCCUCUCAUCGCUCGCCUAUCAUCUCUCGCCUCUCAUCUUUCGCCUCUCAUUGCUCGCCUCUCAUCGCUUGCCUCUCAUCUCUCGCCUCUCAUCGCUCGCCUCUCAUCUUUCAUGUCUCACCCACCUUGCACAGGGCUGGAAUCUUCUCAGCAGCGGCUCGCCUCAAAGUGGCUCUCAGCUCGCCUCAAAGCGGCUCUCAGCUCGCCUCAAAGCGGCUCUCAGCUCGCCUCAAAGCGGCUCUCAGCUCGCCUCAAAGCGGCUCUCAGCUCGCCUCAAAGCGGCUCUCAGCUCGCCUCAAAGCGGCUCUCAGCUCGCCUCAAAGCGGCUCUCAGCUCGCCUCAAAGCGGCUCUCAGCUCGCCUCAAAGCGGCUCUCAGCUCGCCUCAAAGCGGCUCUCAGCUCGCCUCAAAGCGGCUCUCAGCUCGCCUCAAAGCGGCUCUCAGCUCGCCUCAAAGCGGCUCUCAGCUCGCCUCAAAGCGGCUCUCAGCUCGCCUCAAAGCGGCUCUCAGCUCGCCUCAAAGCGGCUCUCAGCUCGCCUCAAAGCGGCUCUCAGCUCGCCUCAAAGCGGCUCUCAGCUCGCCUCAAAGCGGCUCUCAGCUCGCCUCAAAGCGGCUCUCAGCUCGCCUCAAAGCGGCUCUCAGCUCGCCUCAAAGCGGCUCUCAGCUCGCCUCAAAGCGGCUCUCAGCUCGCCUCAAAGCGGCUCUCAGCUCGCCUCAAAGCGGCUCUCAGCUCGCCUCAAAGCGGCUCUCAGCUCGCCUCAAAGCGGCUCUCAGCUCGCCUCAAAGCGGCUCUCAGCUCGCCUCAAAGUGGCUCUCAGCUCGCCUCAAAGUGGCUCUCAGCUCGCCUCAAAGUGGCUCUCAGCUCGUCUCAAAGUGGCUCUCAGCUCGCCUCAAGGUGGCUCUCAGCUCGCCUCAAGGUGGCUCUCAGCUCGCCUCAAAGUGGCUCUCAGCUCGUACUGCCAGUCCACGCCCCACCAUCUCCACUUGACCCACCUCACAACCUCCCCUCCCUUCCUUCCUAGCGCCCCCCUCACCUCUGGUCAAACCCACGUGCUCCCACCAGGUGCUCCCACCAGGUGCUCUCACCACGUGCUCCCACCACGUGCUCCCACCACGUGCUCCCACCACGUGCUCCCACCGGAGCUGAGCACACUACCUCUGGUGUCUGCGCUGCUGGCCCAACCGCUUUCCUCACUCGCACCUCUUCCUGGCACGCCCAACCAGGUGAUCACUCCCAAGCCCAACGCACUGCUGCCAGAACUGCUGGCAUUCCCCAAGGACGCACUGCUCCAUACCCCCUUCCUCUCCUCACACACCCCCAUACCCGCAUGCCGCUCUACACCACCCCACCUGCCGCGGCUCUCCCCCCUCUGCCCCCCCUUUCCCCCAGGUACGCCCACCGGAGCUAUCAGGUGUUGA